GCGCCGGGAGCCAUGCGGGAGUACAAGGUGGUGGUGCUGGGCUCGGGCGGCGUGGGCAAGUCCGCCCUCACCGUCCAGUUCGUGACGGGCUCCUUCAUCGAGAAGUAUGACCCCACCAUCGAGGACUUCUACCGCAAGGAGAUCGAGGUGGACUCCUCGCCGUCGGUGCUAGAGAUCCUGGACACGGCGGGCACCGAGCAGUUCGCCUCCAUGCGGGACCUCUACAUCAAGAACGGCCAGGGCUUCAUCCUCGUCUACAGCCUGGUCAACCAGCAGAGCUUCCAGGACAUCCGACCCAUGCGCGACCAGAUCAUCCGCGUCAAGAGGUGA